AUUAAGCGGAGCAGACCAAAAUCCCAAACAAGGAAAUGGUGGGGGAAUAAACCGACCAGAUUAUUUAAUUAAUGCAUGUAAUAAUUAAUAUUUUAUUUUAUUUUAAAUUACGACGUAUUUAUGGGUUAGAAUGGAUUACGACUUCAAAACAAAGCUGGCUGCCGAGAGAGAGAGAGUAGAAGAUCUGUUCGAAUAUGAAGGUUGCAAAGUGGGUCGAGGCACCUACGGGCACGUUUAUAAAGCUAAACGCAAAGACGGGAUAGACGAGAAGGAAUAUGCACUGAAACAGAUAGAAGGCACUGGAAUUUCAAUGUCUGCCUGUAGGGAAAUUGCUCUGUUGCGAGAAUUGAAACAUCCAAACGUGAUUGCCCUGCAGAAAGUCUUCCUGUCCCACAGUGACAGAAAGGUUUCGCUCCUGUUAGACUAUGCCGAACACGACCUUUGGCAUAUUAUCAAGUUCCAUCGUGCCUCCAAGGCCAACAAAAAGCCAAUGCAGCUGCCCCGAGGGAUGGUGAAGUCUCUCCUGUAUCAGAUUCUGGAUGGGAUCCAUUACCUCCACGUCAAUUGGGUCCUCCACAGGGAUCUGAAACCAGCUAACAUCUUGGUCAUGGGAGAAGGUCCUGAACGAGGAAGAGUUAAAAUUGCUGACAUGGGUUUUGCAAGACUCUUUAACUCUCCCCUCAAGCCACUGGCUGACCUUGACCCUGUGGUGGUGACGUUCUGGUAUAGGGCUCCUGAGCUACUGUUGGGGGCCCGGCACUACACCAAAGCUAUUGAUAUCUGGGCCAUCGGCUGCAUCUUCGCAGAGCUGCUAACGUCAGAGCCCAUUUUUCAUUGUCGCCAGGAAGACAUCAAGACCAGUAACCCCUUUCAUCAUGACCAGCUGGACAGGAUAUUCAGCGUCAUGGGUUACCCUGCAGAUAAAGACUGGGAAGACAUUCGCAAGAUGCCUGAAUAUCCAACACUUCAGAAAGACUUCAGAAGAACAACAUAUGCAAACAGCAGCUUGAUCAAAUACAUGGAGAAACAUAAGGUCAAACCAGAUAGCAAAGUUUUCCUGUUGCUCCAGAAACUGCUCACUAUGGACCCCACCAAAAGAAUCACAUCAGAACAAGCACUGCAGGACCCCUACUUCCUGGAGGAUCCAUUACCAACCACUGACGUGUUUGCUGGGUGCCAGAUCCCAUAUCCAAAGAGAGAGUUUCUCAAUGAAGACGAACCAGAAGAGAAAGCAGAAAAGAACCAGACGCAACAGCACCAGCAGACAACAGGCCAGACUCAGACCCAGAACCAGCAACAAAUGGCAGGCCAGCAGGCCCCAUCUCAGCAGAACUCAACCCAAACCAAUGGCACCUCCGGAGCUACAGGAGCCAACGCUGUCGUGGGUUUACAACAUGGACAGGACCAGGGCCCCCCCAAUAAAAAAACCCGUAUUGGGCCCUCUGGUACCUCUUCGGGCACCGGAGUGCUCCAGUCAGAGUAUCAGCGACCGUCCACGGCCGCUCUCUCGGGGUUGAAGAAGCACGCAACGCAGGCCAGCUGGAUUCCUGCACUCCGCUUCCCGCCUCGGUUACCAAAGCAAUAUCCAAGGUCCCAAUCAGCCGCAGAGCACCGUGGGAUACACAUCGUCGUCCCAACAGAGCUCCCAGUAUUCCCACCAAACCCAUCGCUACUGAGGCUCCGGGCCCGUCUUGAACCAAGCAGAGGGGUGGGGCCGCCUACUCCUCCUCAAACCUCCGCAGACGUCGCCGUCGGACGCAACCAGGAAGUGGCUCCUUCAUCCCGGGUUUGACGUUUCUCACGGCGUUACAUCAUGCCAGCGUUUUGAUGUACGGUCACAUGAAGGCAUACCAAUUGAAACCACAAAAAGCAAAUACUGCCUCUCUGGGCUGGUAACACAUUUCCGUGUAAUAUAUAUCUGAAGGUGACACUCGCACACUCCAAACUUAUGGCACUUAUGGACACAACGUUCCUCACGAGGAAGGAUUGCAGCUCCUAUAUUUACCUGAUAUCGCACCUUUUUCUGUUCGAUGUGUGAGUUCUCGAGCUCGACGUCGGUGUCGCUAUGACAAAUGGAGGCCGACGAGGCGCGGGGGAUGGGAAGCCCUUUAGUGUCAUCUUAAAAAAAAACAAUUUUCAAACAGAAAGAUCAGCUGAUGAAAUUGCAGGGAAAUAUUGAAUGCGUAAUUUAACUUAACCGUGUUCUAAUAAGGCUCCAAUCUUCGUAGCUCGAAUGUACAGAAGCAAAAUCGUUUUACGGAAAGUUGUGUACGCCCUGAUCCGCUCCGUUCAUGACAGCAACCGCUUGGCCGCAAACCGGAGGAGCGCGGGAGCGUGUUCUUGUUUGCGGGCUGCUAGCGGACACGCAUUUCUCGACUCGAGCGUGCGCAGAAACGUACAGGUUAGCGAGCGGAGAGCGACUCCCCCCCCCCCCCCCCCCCGACCCCACCUCGUUCGCUCCGUGAGACUGUUACCGACUGAUAUCAAAUUGUUUUUAUUCUUCUUCUUAUUUUUUUUUAUGUGUCGAGUUUUCGGGUGGAUGGGUGUUUUAUGGACGUUUUCCCUUUGACUCACUACAAAUGCACCGACUGUCGGAAGUGAUCUGCAAAAAGAGCUGAAAACAAAUGCUCCCCCCAAACGUCUCAUCCUGCCCCACCCUGUCCCUCAGGCUGAGUAUGCAGUUUGGUCGGGACUGCGUCGCGUUUAAACGAAAAAAAAAAAACACGGGUGUGUUCUUUAACACGACAAAAUGAGUGACAGCCAAUAAUCUCGGGUACUGGUCUACUCUACUGCAUACCGUUGUGCGUUAUUAUGUCAAAGUCACAAGGCAUGUUGUUUCAAUGGGCAAUGGGACCCCCCCAGCAACCGCUAGUAUGUACUUGUACACACACCAAAACAAAAAUUCAAUGCAAUGUAGAGAAUGCGUAAUUACUUUUUUUCCAAACUAUUAACAUACACGUAGUGAUUUUAUUUCAUUUUUUUGGGUCAAUAGACACAAGGGUUUUCUUGUAGUUUAGCCAUUUAUCAGGGCACUCAUUUCAAUAACCCCAGAAAAAGGAUGUAUGAUGAUAUUCGGGCCCAGCCGAUGUGGAACUUGGGAAGCCAAUGCCGAUUCCGAUAUUUGGCAGAAUAAAAUUCCGAUAACUGAUUGAUCGGUUGAUGAAUUGAAAAACAUCGAUAGAAAAGGAGUGAAAUAACUUGUUGGGUCCCUAUCAUAAAGAUAGGAAUUACAGGCAGAACAUUUUGACUGUUUUACAAUACUUUGUCCUUUAGGAUUUGUUUAACUUCCAAAAGAGAGAAACAUUGGCGAAAAAUCUUAUUUUUAUUUUAUUCUAUUUUAUUGCCAAUUUCCUAUUUUUAUUUUUUUUUAAAAUCUUGGUUUGAAUGUCCUUAUCUUUGUCUCAUGUUGCAAAGUUCCAAUGUGUAAAAAUAAAUCUGCCGAUUUUUUUUUUUUUUUUUGCCAAUUUGAAAAGAGCCAACGUCAGGCGAUUCAAUCGGUCAGCUGAUUAAUUGGUCGGGCCCAAGAUAAUUCAUCUGUAAACGUUCUCCGCUUGGUGAUGAUUGGCUUGGACAAAUCACAUGGUCCUCGUCCAUGACAGUCGGGCGGCCAUUUCAAGAUGAAGAUCCUCAACGUGUUACAUACGGUAUUUCAUCAUAACUGGAGAAAAUGGGACAGUGAAUCCAGCACAAUUGCUCGUGCAUGCUGUGUUAAAAGAGGGCGAGAAGGGGCAAAGGGGUGAGCCUCAAGUUGAUCCAAAUACUAUAUAGAAAUGGGCAAACACUGACACCGAGUGGCCAAAAGGAGAAUUGCACUUGGUUCUCUUCCACGUCCCAAAAUCUGUGUUAAAAAAAAAAAAAUGGAAUUGUUUCUCAGGUUUAAUGAUGGGUCUUACGCGCUUCUAGUCAAGCUGUCACUUUUGGAAAACAUUGGAUCAUUUUUCCAUUCGCACCUUUACCAUCCCAGCUCGGUCAUUUCAUAUUCAAGGGGGAUUGAAAACCAAUGUCCUUGGUUCAACGAGCGUAUUGGAAGUGGUAGAGCUGGGACAUUCAUAUUUUCAUCACGACACGUGUAGGGCUCUGUCCACUUGUCCGAAACAGCACGUAUCCCCUCUUCUUUUUUUUUUUUUUUUGGAAUGCACUCUAAAUGAAAUAUUGUAAAAUGUGUGUGUAUAUAAUAUAGUAUGGAUAUGUAUACAAUCAUAUUUAUUGUGUCCAUCUAUGAAUAGUAGACAUUUUUUUUUUAAAAAAACCAACAACUUUCCUCUGCCUUAAUACAGUAGCUAUAGAAAGGGACCUGUCAGAUAGCACAUUUGUUGCUACAGCAGUUAGUGAAUGUGUUAAAGCCACCUCCUUAUACAGUACACUCAAGAUAUAACACAUUGAAUGCCACAGUGUGUUGUUGUUGUUUUUAUUUUUUUGAUUUUUUUUACAGAGGAGGUGUGGAUGGUGCCUUUUGUUAGUAACUCAUCAAUAUGUUAUUUUUAUUUGGAAACGUAUGUCCUUUUGUACUCUCAUUCCCCCCCCCUUUCCCUCUCGUUAUCAUAGUAGUUUGCUAUUUUUAUGAUUAUUAUUAUUUAUUUAUUUUUUCAUUAUUAUUAUUAUUAUUAUUAUUUUUUUACUGCAAAGUGGACUCCAGCUGUUAUUUCCCGCAUAUGAAGUGGUAACUUCAAGUGUUUUCAAAAGGUCUUGCUUUCGACACGAUAAUGUCCCGUAGAGAUGGACACAUACACGCUUAUAUUAAAAUAAUAAUAAUAAUAAUCUCCCUUUUCCUCCUUUUUGAUAGUAUUUGCAUGUGACUGUCCCUGUUUUUCCCCCGUAGAACUGAUGAGAAAUUAUUGUCGUCCACUCUCUACGGUUUGUACAGAGAGAUGGACCCCCCCCCCCCAUUUUGCAGUGAUGCAUUCGAUGGCUGUCGGACAUUUGCAGGCACUGCUCGACCGCGGUAUCCCCACAAUUUCCAUCUCGCAUGCUAAGAUGUAAAAAAUGGUCAGUGAAUUUGAGUCGUCAGAUUUUUGUUUCCUGGGUGUAGUGUCUGUCCACCUUUUUUUUUUU